UGGUAUGAAACUCAGAUUAAAGAAUAUUUGAAUACCCCGAUAAAUCAUUCAAAACAUAUACCUGGUUGUUCUAUCAUGUUCUGUACAUAAGAUUACAGUAUUGUUUACCCAAGUUCAUUGUUUUAUGUACGAAAUUGUACCCGUUCCCUCGUGAUCAUAUAUAAAUUCAGAAACUCAACGUUGGUAACAUCACAUUUUAAUCUCACCUAACAAUCCAACCCCACCGCAAUGGACGCAAUGGAAUGGGAUGGCAUGGACUUGAUCGAAGAGUGUGAUGUAGAGGACACGGAUUUAAUGAAUCGAAUUAUAUCCAACUGGAAUGAGGUGGAAUUGGGAGAAGAAUCAGCUAUAACGGGGACCAUGGAACCGAAUGAUUCUCCUGGUGAAGACGAUGACGAGGAUGGCGAAUGGGUAGAGGAAGAAGAAUCGGAUACGGUAUCUCUGAAACUAGAUUCAUCGGAGGACUUGGAUUCGAACAGUUUCAUCGGGAAUGAGGAUUGCAUGGGCCCCGAUUCGAUGUUUGUAAAACUAGUUUCAUCGGAGGGAGAAGGUUUCUUCGUGAAACGCGAGUACGCCUUCGUCUCGAGUACCAUUCGGCGCUUGCUUUCCGGUCCUGGUGAAUUCCCCGUGGGCGAAGCUAACGCGAUCCACCUCAAGGACUUUUCAUCGAAUGUAGUCAAAAUUGUAUGCAAAUAUUUAAAAUAUAAGCAUCGCUAUAAGGGAGUUGACAAUGAAACGUAUGAGAAAAUUCCUGAAUUCCCUAUUCCAACUAAAAUAUCGUGCGACCUGUAUAUGGCAGCUCAUUUCUUGGAUUUAUAAAUAAUCAAAUUCUUGCGCGAUAAAAAAAACAACACAAUUACAACAAAUUGACAAAUUAAAUUAAUUAUUAGGUCAUUAGACAAGUGAUAGACUAGUUGUCAUGUUUCCCUAAAUCGAAUCAAAUUCUUCACGCUAAUAUCAUUGGGAAAGCAAUAGGAAUUUUUGAUUAUUUCCCCUAAAUGUAAACAAUUGUAAGAAAAAAAAAACAUUAUUUACAAUGAAAUCAGA